AUUCUGAUAUAUGUCUGAUCCAGACAAGUCUAUACCAAAUACUGAUACUAAUCAACAGGUGAUAAACAUCACUAUCAUUCAAUCCACAAGAAAUAUAGAUCCGUCUGAAAUGAAUUUGAAGUGCACCCAGUAGUGCAUUGUCGUGGAAUAGCUACCUCUCUCUCUUUGCCACCUACAUUGUUCACUACUCCAUACAAUACUAUUGAAAAUUUUGCUUUUUGUUGUUCUGCUCCGAAGAAGCAUUGGAAAAUAGGCCUGUUGAUUUACUCAUACUCUACUACUCUCAAUGGCUUCCCAAAGAGCCGUAUCAGGUGCCUCCCCGUCAGAUAAUUCUACGACCGGGAGUGGAGCGGGAGAUGAUAUAAACCUUAUGGAGGAAGAACGAGACGACGGAGAAGAUGAAAAUGCAGACGAUGAUUAUGCCGACGGGCAGGAUGAGGAUGAUGAGAUUGAUGAUGAUGACGACGAUGAAGUUGGUUUCGAUGUGCAAGUUGAAAUUGAGGACGAUGAAGACGAAGGUGCCACCGCAGUCGAUCACAGUGAGACCUACACAUCCUUCACUUUGCUCCAUACCAUCUGGCUUAUACUCCGGUUCCAUUUAGCUACACGAACACGAUAUCUUCUACGGGUGUUGGCCGCCCAUCCAGAUGUUCGGAACAUUAUACGCUUUACCACUGACCUCGACGAGGACGAGCUCGCCUUGUGGCCACGGAGGCGAAGGAGAAGUACACCUGAUCCGAAUAGGUUCCCUAAAGUGCCAAGCACUGUUGGAGAAGAACUAAUGGCGUCGGGUGAUUUUGGAUCCAAUGAUGCACAAACUCCAGGCAGAGAUGAUCGCAUGAAGGGACGAAAACGUUUGGCAAGAAGAAUAUUAGAUCGCGAGAUAGCAUCAGGGAACUUUGCAACCCAGGUGAUAAAUCGGAGAACAAUGGCACAAGAAAUGCUGCCAUCCUCGAAUGCCGAUACUAUAAUCAAUUACGAUGAUCCCGUUUAUUCAGGUCAAUUUUCGGAUGACGGCAACUUCUUCUUUGCCGUCACCAAGGAUUUUAAAGUCCGCAUGUAUGAUACAUCAAACCCUUAUAAGUGGCGGUACUAUAAGACUGUAAGCUACCCUUAUGGGCAAUGGACCCUUACUGAUGCUUCACUGAGCCCUGACAACAAAUAUCUCGCUUACACCUCCAUACGUAGCACGGUUUGUCUCGCUCCGACAGAUCCAAAUGAUAUGGGAGAUCCCUAUAAUCUGGAGCUAGGUGAUCCUGGCACUGGUUUCCGAAAUCCUAGGCUCGACCGGCGAGGGUCAUUUGGUAUUUGGUCAAUUAGAUUUUCUGGUGAUGGACGUGAGCUUGUUGCCGGAACUACAGGCGGUUCCAUUGUUGUAUAUGACAUAGAAAGUCGACGUCCACUUCAUAGGAUUUUUGGGCAUGAUGAAGAUGUCAAUGCAGUAUGUUUUGCUGACAAGUCAUCGCCUCAUAUCCUUUACUCUGGAUCAGAUGAUACAACUAUCAAGGUGUGGGAUACGAGGAGCAUGGGCGAUAGUCGAGAAGCGGGUGCAUUUAUUGGUCACAUUGAGGGAUUAACGUAUCUCGAUAGCAAAGGGGACGGUCGCUAUAUCCUCAGCAAUGGUAAAGACCAGAGCAUGAAGCUAUGGGACUUGCGUAUGGUCAUGAGUUCGGCUCAGUUUUCCAACAUCAGGGCAAAUGAACGUCGCCCGGGAACAAACUUUGAUUAUCGCUGGGGACGUUAUGAUGAAGAUGAUUGGUACCAUGAUAAAAACGAUAAUUCUUUGGUCACAUUCAGGGGCCACAGGGUAAUGCGAACACUGAUUAGAUGCCAUUUCUCUCCGCCUGGAAGUACUAAUUCAAGAUAUGUCUAUUCUGGAAGUGAAGACGGUAAAGUAUACAUAUGGAAUAUGGAUGCAACGCUUGCGGGCAAAGUCGAUGUUUUCCAGGCAACAAAGAAUACAAGGCCACCCCCACCUGGUCAAUGGCACGGGGGAUGGCAUGGAGGAUGGCGUGAUGAUAUAGAUGAAGUAAAUAGUCCGAGGUGGAAAACAGUAGUUAGAGAUGCUAGUUGGCAUCCCACUGCUCCCAUGAUCGCUGCAUCUGCGUGGAACGGUUAUGGUACUGAGCAGGGCACCGUCACCACCCAUUCUUGGAAUGAGGGUGCUGAAGACGAUGAAGCCGAGCCUAAAAUGGGAUUAAGGGUAAAUGCGAAGUUAGAACAUGAUUCUCACCUUUACCCGGCCCACUUAGAGCGCAAUGAAAGGAUUCGACACCUCAACAGUCUACUGCCGAAUGCUGAUGACGAUGAAAACGACGAUGACGAUUAGGGCAUAUCCAGGAGGAAAUUCGCAACUUCUUUUAGGAUUUCCCAGUAUCAUAAAUCCUGCCAUCUUCGAAACUCGGAGCUAUUCACAAUGGUAUCUAGUUAUAUAAAUGCUUCAAUAUUCGUCUGAAAACCACAUGAAAGCUGCAACAGUACCACUGUACAGCGUGUGCCCCAUCGUGCGUGUAUAAUUAACGUAAGCUCAAUAUUUUUAAAGUUGUAGAUACUUAUGCGACAAAUAUAGAGGACCCGCUGACAGACUGGUUUGUGUCAAUUACGCUUGCUGCCCGCACCAUUCUGGGGCGACACCUUCAAAUCAUGAUCUAUAAGAAGUGAGAAGACAAGUCAUCCAUUAUUAUAAUUUGGCAUUUUGUGAAUAGAGGAAUCACGGUGCAACACUCGUCUCUCGGUGUCCGUGCUAUCUAAAAAAGCGGUUGUAUGCACGCAGGG